AUGGGACCACGAAACUUCCUCAACUUAAGAGUCCUCUCAAGCCGCUCAGGCUGUGAGAAUGCGGACGUGCAUUUGGAGUCUCAGUCAAUACAACAGGUACAACAGGUACAACAGACUGAAAAUCAGCAGCAACAGCGUCCGAAGAAACGAAGGGGAAGAUCUUAUAAAUGGAGUAGGAUCCCGAUGUUGUUGAUGCUUGGGUAUGCAUCUCAGGAUGCUCAAAGACGAUAUGAGAGAGAUCGUGAUUGGAAACGCCUAUAUGCUAUUCUCAUGUUUAAGAUUGAGAAUAUCACUAUUGUGUCUGGUUUGUUGCUUGCCUCAAGUUCUAAUCUACUCAUUGCGGGUGACCUUCGGCGAAUGACCCACGCUUCAGUCUCGGCGUCCAUAUUCGGGAGUACAUUCUCUAUUCUAUUUGGUCUUUUAUGUAGGAUCAACAUAACUUCGGGACGUCUCGAGUUCCUCGUGACGCGUACGCGUCUCUUUUAUUAUCUGUACAGUACGCCAUCGCUCUGGGGCGGCGCAGCGGCGCUUGCGUUCUUCGUUGCUGUAUGUGCGUUCACUUGGCUUGAGGAGAGUACUGUGCAGUAUGGCUGGGAGGCAAAGACUGCUGCAGUCGUGCUCAGUGGGAUGCUCAUUGUGAACGCUGUUAUAUGCUUCGUCCUUGGUGCAAGCGUGAUGGAGAUGCGGGCAGAUGGGAUGGGUGAGAAGCUAGAAGAGGAGCAGGAGAGGAAGGAAGAAAGGGAGAGAGAGGAUGAGGCUCAUGAGAGAGAGCAGCGGGAAGCUGGGUUCAUAAAUGAGAUUGAGCAGCGGAAUCGACGGCCGCGAAUGACACCAGGCUACUCUGGCGAUACGGUCGUGGGUGCCUUGGGAUUUUCAAGCUUCGGGAUACUAGCCUGGGGCGCGGACCGGCAGUGGAUGUCGUCUGGCAACGGCGAGACGACCUCUUCCGAGCCCUCGACUGCGCCGGAGAGGGCAGCAACGUUUGACCCUGCGAUUGGACCACGCUCUCCCCGAAGAGCAUAUAUCCGCAGGCAGUCGCAGUGGUAG